GUUCGUUAGAGAUCAGCUAGAGUAUAAAUAUGCCGGAGACCGAGAACCCAAGAACGUUCAUCCGUCCCAAACCGAUACCAGUACCACCGCAUCGUGGCCUAAAAAUUACUGCUAGGAACUCCACGAUCUACACAUGCGAAAUACCCAACAGAAAGCAAGUAGCACACGAGAACUACACCCGUCGUACACACCAAAUGACAAAAUGUGGGUACCGUUCUGUAAAUUACAAACCUUAUCAGUCCAUUGGAGAUGUCAUACUGGACGACAAGAAACUGAUUCUGACUGCGUUGGGACAAGACGGCGACCAAUUCACCCAGUUUCAAGAUCAUUCAGACUCAUCAUCAAGUGAUUCUGAUUCAGACGAUGAACGUACACAGUCAAGAAGUCCUCUGGCCAAGGACCAACAGCCUUCGGUUCCUCAAGCGACAAGCUAUAAACCCAAGAAUAUGAAUGAUAUCCGCGCCCAGGUCAGCAAGGGAAGAAAAAGGAUCAACGCUGUCAAGCUUGGGUUUGGUCUGUAUCGAAUUGUGAAAGAAGAACAAGAACGUAAGCAAGCUGUUGUAGACGAGGAAAGACGCAAGAAAGAAGAAGCUGCUAAGAGUGAAAUGAAGCCACCAUCAUCUGAUGAUGAAGAAUCUGAUGACGAUGACAUAGAUGACGAACUGAAAAGUUUGAUCAUACCGUUACCACCAAGUCCCACUCUCAACACUGACAGAAGCUUUGAAGACCAUCUAGAUCCAACCGAGAAGAGCGACCGACCCGACACCUCUAGUUCUACUAGCAGUAACCAACGAUGGAAAAAAAUACAUUCAACUGUCGGUGCUACACGUACGCCUGCUACUCCUACUGUAAAAAUCAGUUCUGAGACGCCACCGGAAUCACCUGUACCACAGGACAUGGAGUAUAGUCGCUCUUCGACGGAUUUUUUCGUCGCUGACCGUCGUAAUGUAGUCAGCGCCCCAUCAACGCGACAAAGAAGCUUCCUAGCUCCUCCUAAGUCGGCCAAGUCCGCCUCGUCACUAACCGGCCGUCGAUCAAGAAAAGCACGAAGUCCUCGACCCUAUUCUCCGGUAUACUCUAAUAUUAACUACGAAGAUAGCACUGAUAGAAUAAACGUUUACCGCCAGUUAUGCGCGUUGCUAUGGAUACUAGAGGCAAUGUCACAGGAUCAACAACCUGCUGUCAUGCCUCCAAUAACGAGCUGUUGGAAACUCAAGCUUUUAAACGAAGAUUCAAGGUUUAUAAGAAAACGUGCAGAGAAAGAUAAGACAACCGAGAAGGACUGGACGCUAUUUAAACAGGAUCCUAACAGGUUUACACAGCGUUCAACGAGUAGACGAGGAACAAGACGCAUUUCCAUCCAUCCCAACUUUCUCCAACGCCUCUCCAACACGGGUAGCUCUGGAGGUUCCAAUCCUCGACCAAAUAUACCAGUAAUCAGGCUGUCUCCUGGAGAAAUGUCCAGAUCACACAGAGGAAGUGUGGUGGGGGAACCAACAACUGCGGCAGCCCACGUCGAGUUCGAUGCUUCCAGCCAUCGAAAUGGAGACGAUAUUUGCGUGGAGAAUCCAACCUCAGAGAAUCCAAAAAUUCCUGAUGACGUAGCCUCGGUUUCCUUCAACGAGCCAGUCAUACGAGCAGUCAGCGCUCCACCUCCUGCCCAAGCCUCACCUCCUACUAAUGGUUCACCAGCCGAGAAGAAAUCGAAGCUGCAAAGACAGAAAUCCUUCACCGUUACAACUGUUUAUACACCACCAGCCAACGCUAGCCGAGCUUUUCAGAAAAUACGAGCCAAGAAUCGAGCAGCUAAAGCGUUUAAGAGCUCUUUGUCGCAAAAAGAACUUGAUAAGCUCUCUGGAGGACAAGAAGAUCAACAAACUAGAAGAGACUCACGCGUCAGCGCCUGGGUCCAAGCUACAGGUGCUAUCAAUGCAAAGAGGUUCGCUGCUGCUGCGAUCGCUGCAUUUGGCACCAUCACUUUGGAUCAUCACGUAGACAAAGUACCUGUGGAAAUGAAGUCCAAGUUUGAAGAAGUAGCAGAAGAGAAAGCAUUGGUGUUACAUGAUAACCUAGAGAUCAGAGACAGAAAUCGUUUACAGAUUCUAGAACGGAAACUGAUGUGUUUAGAGAUGUUCAAUAGCAUGUAUAAAGCACUGGACAAAAUGAGGUCCAAGAGUGUAGUAUUUGAUGACGAGACAAAUGAAGAAAUGAGACAACGAGUCAGUGAAGAAUGUAAAUGGUACAAGGACUUGAUUGAUAAUUUGCCUGAGGAAGUCAAGGAUGAUCUAUGCUGUACACUGGUGUUAAACAAGCUAGCAAGUUAUGGUUCGCUCGAAGGAAGAAAGAUCAGCUCAAGUCAAUUCAUCAAAGUUUUAUCAACCCUUCGCGUAUGGGAGAUCUGCUCACCAGAUAUCAGUGCUGCGAUAGAGUUUGUACGAGAAAAAGUUGUAGAGAUGUCAGAAGAGGAUUACGAAGAAUGGUUCCACGUGACUUUCCCGCAACCUAAACGCGCAGCCUCUGCACCGCCCUCCAGAUCCAGUGCGUUCAGAUACUAAAGUUUUAUGUUUGAGCCUAUUAGACAUAUGACGUCGGAAGUACAUGGUAUUGCUAUGUGCGCACAUGAAAUGAUUUUCGAAUUAUUAUGUUUUAUAAGAUAAUUUUAUAUAAAAGAUUGUAUGCAAAAAUUUGAAUAAAUGAUAAAUGUUACUUAAA